AUGAGCAGCCAGUAUCAUGAGGAAGCAAGUGAGAGGCCGGAGUGCAAGAGCAAAUCCCCCACCCUGCUCUCCUCAUACUGCAUAGACAGCAUCCUGGGCAGGAGGAGCCCCUGCAAGAUGAGGCUGCUGGGCACCCAGAGCCUGCCACCACUCACUGCCAGGACUGACCAGGAGAAAAGUUUGGAAGGUUCUCCAAAGAACAACUCUAGUUUUGAUGCUGAGCUGCAUCUACCUCCUAAACUGAGAAGGCUAUAUGGUCCGGUGGGGGCAGCUGGGCGGCUGCAUAUUCAGACUCUGCCUGAUGCCAGGUCAGCAGUGCCCAGGUCGGAUAAGCCUGAUCGGCUGCUACUACUUGGGAGUGCAGGGGAAAGCAGCUGGGAGAACCACAGCCUGAAGAUCAGCCAGGCCCCACAGGUCAGCAUCAGCCGGAGCAAGUCCUAUAGAGAAAAUAGCGCCCCCCUGCUGCGAGAAGACCAGAGCAGUCCUGAUGGUCUACAGCAGCCACUCCAGACCGGUGCCUCUCUGCAGGACAGACUGGGAGUAAUAUCCCAAAAUCCAACAGAGGAGGAAGAGGAAGAUGAGGAAGACGAGGAUGAUGAAGAAGAUGAGGAUGAAGAAGAUGAACCAGACAAGCAGCACAGCAGUAAUAACACCAGCAACAAUCCCAACAGAGGACUCCUGAAGGAGCAGCACCCACAAUUCCAACAACAGCAGCAACAACAACAACAACAGCAAGCAGGUUGUGGACCUGAUGGAGACAUGUCUCCUAAGGAGGAACUUCUACUUCAUACUUCAGAUGCUGAUGGUAAAGAUGGUGAGGACAGUGUGUGCCUGUCUGCUGGAAGUGAUUCAGAGGAGGGCAUGCUAAAGAGGAAACAGAGGAGGUAUAGAACCACCUUCACCAGCUACCAGCUAGAAGAACUAGAAAGGGCUUUCCAAAAGACCCACUACCCGGAUGUCUUCACAAGAGAGGAGCUAGCCAUGCGCCUGGAUUUGACUGAAGCCAGAGUACAGGUUUGGUUUCAGAACCGAAGAGCCAAAUGGAGGAAGAGGGAAAAGGCGGGCGCCCAGACCCACGCCCCGGGCCUGCCCUUCCCGGGCCCGCUGUCUGGCAGUCACCCGCUGAGCCCAUACCUAGAUGCCAGCCCGUUCCCCCCGCACCACCAUGCCUUGGACUCUGCCUGGACCGCCGCUGCGGCGGCCGCCGCCGCCGCCGCCUUCCCCAGUCUACCUCCCCCGCACGGCUCCACGUCGUUAUCCCCCGGCGGCACCCCACUAGGACUCAGCACUUUCCUGGGGGCGGCUGUGUUCCGGCACCCGGCCUUCAUCAGCCCCGCAUUCGGCAGGCUCUUCUCCACCAUGGCUCCCCUGACUAGUGCUUCCACUGCCGCCGCUCUUCUCAGACAGCCCAGCCCUGCUGUGGACAGCGCAGUGCCAUCUGGUGGCUUAUCAGACCCAGCCACAGCUGCAGCGGACAGGCGGGCGUCCAGUAUAGCAGCCCUCAGGCUCAAAGCUAAAGAGCAUGCAGCACAGCUAACACAGCUCAACAUCAUCCCCGGGAACAGCACAGGGAAAGAGGUCUGCUAA